CCUGCACUGCACUGCACUGCUUUGCAUGCCACGGCCACUCUGUACUUCACUACCGACGCAACGCCACCCAUCAAACCAUGACCGUCACGGAGCAAAUCGUAGACACGGCCGAGAGUGUCAAGGAGGCCGUCGUGGGACUCAGUCAUGGCUCGACCACUCGCCAAGCCACGCGACAGGAAAUGAGCGACGCCAGACUUCCGCUGGCCUACCGUGAUUCAUGCGCUCAUCUCCUCAUCCCGUUGAACAAGUGCCGAUACGAUAAUUACUACCUCAACUGGCGGUGUCAGGACGAGAGGCAUUCGUACGAAAAGUGCCAAUACGAGGAGUUCAAGCUACGUGUGAAGAAGAUGGACGAGAUUAGGGCGCAGAAGGGUGGACAGCGAUCAAAUUAGAGGCUCGUCCUCUGACUGGGCAUGAGCAACGAUGCAUCGUGGAGAAGUGUGAGAAGGCUAUGCUGGUGUCUCGUGGCCAGUGUACAUACAAGUACCCAACCACUCUGGAACAGGUCCAGCUGAAGCACUGCAGCGCCGCCCUAACGUGUUGGAGAAGUAGGUCGCUAUUGAUGUCAUGCUCGCUGAAUAUGGUACGCACGGUGCCCGCAAGCUCAGGGCUCAGCCCAGUCGCAGCGCGCGGCGACUCCACUGAGUUGACUGCCCUUCCUAUUCUUUGAGAUGGUCGUGUACAGCAGCAUGUGCCAUUCUGAAUGCCCACCCCAAUUCUGCGACGAGCGCAGUCUCGUCCAU